AUGCCAGCCUGCACACUCCAUCUCCUUUCUCUCUCAGUUACAAUUCCUCAAUUCCUCUCCGUCCUCUCAAAGACUUCACUCACCCCACUCACAAUCGGUAGGGUCGUGCGUUGGAUCAUCCUCCCAACAUCGAUAUCAAUCGACCCACUUCUCGCACGUAACAUCCAUUGGGAUAUCCUGAUCAUCCUGCCCAACACCGAUAUUCUCCCACCCUCACUACAAAAACUUAUCCUCCACCAAUGGCAAGUCACUGCCGGCAUACCUUCACGAUUACUCCAAGAUUUCGCAUCGAGAAAUAAGAACCUACUUGAUCCUCGACCGGAAGAUAUACCACCCCUUACAGGAAGUUUGGAGAAACCACGCACGGCAUCCUCAGCACAAGCUCUUGAGCUUUCUCCCCAAUUAUUAGAAUGGAUUAAAGUGUUCAGUAAACAAGAAGGACAAGGCGCAGUUUCUAUGCUUAACCUUCUAGCAUUUAAGCAAGGCCGCAAAGAAGAAUACCUGAAAUAUGGCGCCGCAUUUGCAAAAUCUAUUGGGUCGAAACGAGGUGGCAUUGCGAAGAUUGUUGGUACGGUGAUACAUGAGGGGGAGUCGAAAGAAAGGGGUGAAUGGGAUGAGGUUGCGUUGGCGCAUUAUCCAAGUAUUGAACACUUUGCAGAUAUGUUGGCUAGUGAAGAUUAUCAGGAAGUCAAUCACAAAUAUAGGGUGGGAAGUUUGAAGGAUACAUUCAUUCUUUGCACAACGGAACUGGAUUUGCCCGUAUGGGACAAGGGCGAGUCCAAAUUGUAA